ACUGCCGCCGCCGCGUCGUGUUCGCGCGCCUCCCUUUCCGCGUCCAUCCCUGCCCUGCCCCAGAGCCCGCGAUAAUAUCUUCCCCGCCGCCGCCUCUGUCGGGACGCAGCUUCACCGCACCUCCCAACCGCCCGCGUGGCCGACGCUGACAGCAUCGCCAUCGUCGGGGUCCAGCCACCCAGCGCCACCCGAAAAAGCCACGGCGCUGGCCUCCCCUCCCCUCCCCUCCCCUCUUCCCGCCCUGCAGCGAGCUACCUAUCCACUCGCCCAAAUCGCCGCCGCCGCCGGCGCCCGGUCGAUAGAUGAAGGUGCUCUGCUCCGCGUGCGAGGCGGCCGAGGCGCGCGUGCUCUGCUGCGCCGACGAGGCCGCCCUCUGCGCGCGCUGCGACCGCGACGUGCACGCCGCCAACCGCCUCGCCGGCAAGCACCACCGCCUGCCGCUCCAGCCGCCCGCCGCCGCCUCCGCGCCCGGCUGCGACAUAUGCCAGGAGUCCCAUGCCUACUUCUUCUGCGUCGAGGACCGCGCGCUGCUCUGCCGGAGCUGCGACGUCGCCGUGCACACGGCCAACGCCUUCGUCUCCGGCCACCGAAGGUUCCUCCUCACCGGCGUCCAGGUCGGCCUGCAGCCCGACGCCCAGGAACCCGCGCCAGAUCCCCCGAACGCCGCCGCCGCCGCCGCAGCAGCACCACCUCCCCUGCCAACACCGCCGCCCGCCAAGAAGGCGCGCAGCAGCCCGGCGCCGCUCUACAGCGACGACGACAUCGACUGGGGGGCCGGAGGCCCGGACGUCGGCGUCGCCAGGAACCUGCCAGACUGGUCGCUCGUCGACGAGCAGUUCGCCGCUCCGGUGCCGACACCGGCGGAGCCGAUGGUGAGCAGAACCCCGUCGAAGCGGAGCCCCCGGCGGACACUCACUGCCGCGUUCACCAUCCAGGGAGGCUUUGCAGGGGGCAUGCCGGACUGGCCGCUGGACGAGUUCUUCGGCUUCUCGGAGUUCAACGCCGGCCUCGGCUUCACCGAGAAUGGCACGUCCAAGGCUGACAGUGGGAAGCUCGGGAGCACCGACGGGUCGCCGACCGGCCGGUCGUCGUCCGACUCGGCGCAGGAUUUCUUCGGGCAGGUGCCGGAGUUCCACCAGUUGCCCGUGCCGGAGCUCCCCUCCCCGCCCACGGCCUCGGGCCUCCACUGGCAGGGCGGCCCGCGCCACGGCGCCACCGCCGCCGACACCGCCGCGGUGUCCGUGCCGGACAUCUCCUCCCCAGAGAACCCCUUCCGUUGCUUCGCUGCCGGCGUCGGCCAGACGCAGCCGGCGCCCGCGAAGCGCCGGAGAUGAUGUUAAUGUGAGAAAAUAGUGUGGCUCCUUCGAUACUGGAGUUGUGUGGUGUAGGCUUGCAAGAAACAGGAACUUGCUGGGGUGUAUUUCCAUGGUGAGAAGUCAGUAGCUCGUAGGGCAAGUGGAGAGCUAGCUCCUGCUACCUAGCUCGGCAGCGCAUGAUCGAGAGUGAGGAUUGCUUGGAGAAGAUGAAGCAGGACAAACAGAGAUCUAGCUGUCGAGCCUGAUUGACCAGGGGAUCUUUUUUUUUUUUGAGGAGAAGACCAGGGGAUCUGUGUACGUUGGUUUUGUUAGCUCGAGAUGUCAGAAGAAACCUUUUAAAAAUCCUUUUCAAAAAAAGAGAUGUCAGAAGAAGAGGUAAUCAUGAGAUGCAUAAGCAUCAACUGA